ACCAACACUGCUUCUGGCAGGUAAGCAAUGUCAAUGAGAAACGAAAAACAAAUGUCAAAAAUUAUUUCGAAUAAACAUCGAAGUAGCUGCCUUGUUAAAACUUGAUACGGCAAGCCAUCAAAGUAUAACGAAUCAAUUCAAUAUCUGAAAUUCACUAAGCGAAUAUCAACAACAACAACAACAAACACACACAACAUUCACACAAGGAACAACAACACACAAUGCAGGAAGCCGCCGAAUCCAACGAGACUGAAUCAACACCAACAAUAACAGCAACAAAACCAAUUGAGGCUGGCGAUGGUGAAGGAGAUGGAGACGCGAAAUCCUCUGCUGGCGUAACAGAAGAUGGAACAACAACAACAGUCGAUGUUGGUGGCGGCGGCGAUGCAGCCGCCUUAGAGAUCUCCGAACGUGAUGAACUGCAACUGUUCGUCCGGGAACUUCAUGAGAAGAUCGAACACAAACGGCAGCUGAGAGAACAGAAUUCCAAUUUUGAGCUACCCGGCGAGAAGUAUUUUGCCCGGCUCGACUCGAGUCUGAAGAAGAAUACGGCGUAUGUCAAGAAAUUGAAAUUAUUUACGGCCAGCCAAUUGGAUGCACUGCUGCGAGAGUUAUCCGCCUUGAAUUUAAGUAAAUAUAUAUCGGAAAUAUGCACAGCCCUCUCCGAGGCCAAGCUCAAGAUGGCCGAUGUGCCGGCGGUGGUGACAUUGGCCUCCAAAUUGCACUCAACCUAUGCAGAUUUCGAUAGCCAAUUCUUGGAGGCCUGGCAAAAGACGCUCAGUCUGAAGGCCUCCGAGAAGAUAGUGAAUGCCAGCAAGUUACGUGUCGAUUUGCGUCUAUUUGCCGAUCUCGUCAGCUCGGGUGUGAUACACAUGAAGCCAGGUUUGGCCCAAUUGGGCAUCGUGCUGGUCCAAUUGAUUGGCCAGGAUAAGGAUGAUCAUAGUAAUCUAUCGAUUAUACUGUCCUUUUGUCGACACUGUGGCGAAGAGUAUGCCGGCUUGGUGCCCCAAAAGAUGCUCAAUUUGGCCCAGAAAUAUGGCGUAGAAAUACCAAAAUCCGAAUUUCUGCCCAGCGAUAAGCAAUCGAAUCUACGCUCAAUGUUGAAAAACUAUUUCAAGGCUCUGUGUAAAUAUGUCCUGGCCGAGCAGUCGGAAUUGAUGAAUAUGACAAAGAAUAUUCGUCGCACCAUGGAGUGCAAAGGUGAGAUAUCUACCGAGAAACGUGAGAAAUGCCAAAUGAUGCAAUCGAGCUUUGAUAAGCUAUUAACAUCGGCUCAAUCGCUAUCUGAGCUAUUGGGUGAACCCUUGCCAGAAUUGACUCAAGAGACGGAAUGUUGUAAUCCGGGCACUGUCAUUGAUAAUAUGCUGGAUAGUGCCACCUUUGGUACAUUAGAUCCCUGGGGUGAUAGUGAGACGUGUGCCUUCUAUACGGAUUUACCAGAUUUACGACAAUUCUUGCCAAAUUUCUCGGCACCCAAAGUCGAUUUGGAGCAAAUGGAAGAGCCCAGUGAAUUGACCGAAGAGGCCAUCGAUGCCAAUAUUGAUGCCGAUGAUUUAAACGAUUUAGAUGAUCCGCCAUCAACAGCAUCCGAUUCCAUUAUAGAGAAAGAGAUCGAAGAGCAGCAGCUGCAGCCACAGAAGCCCAUUAAAAUGGGUAAUGCUCUAAUGGAAUUGGGACGCCAACAGUUGCAGAAUCAAACGAAUCCAAGCCAAUCGCAAUCCCAGCUGCGUCAGCAAUUUGAUAUAUUCCUUGUGAAUCUCUUCAAUUGUGUCAACAAGGAGCUCAUCGAUUCGGCGGCCAUUGAAUUUCUCUUGAAUUUCAAUACGAAACCACAGCGUAAGAAGCUAACACGUACGAUAUUUAGUGUACAACGCACUAGAUUGGAUAUCCUGCCAUAUCUAUCACGAUUCGUGGCCAUUAUCCAUAUGUGUAAUACGGAUGUGGCCAAUGAUUUGGCCGAAUUGCUGCGCAAAGAAUUCAAAUGGCAUAUACGAAAGAAGAAUCAAUUGAAUAUCGAAUCGAAAGUGAAAAUUGUCCGAUUCAUUGGCGAAAUGGUGAAAUUUGGUCUCUUCAAGAAAUUCGAUGCAUUGGGCUGCUUGAAAAUGUUACUACGUGACUUCCAGCAUCAUCAAAUUGAAAUGGCCUGCGCCCUGGUGGAGGUCAGCGGUGUCUAUUUGUACAAUUGCCGGGACUCGCGACUCCUAAUGAACGUUUUUCUCGAUCAAAUGUUGCGCCUGAAAACGGCCACAGCCAUGGACUCGCGGCAUUCGGCGCAAAUCGAAAGUGUUUACUAUUUGGUUAAGCCACCGGAAUCCUCGAAACGUGAACUCCAACCGCGUCCCAUAAUGCAUGAGUAUAUCAGGCAUUUGAUAUUCGAAGAGCUGUGCAAACAGAAUGUCGAACGAUGCAUUAAGAUGUUGCGUCGCAUCAAUUGGCAGGAUCCAGAGAUAUGUAGUUAUGCCAUCAAAUGUCUGUCGAAAGCAUAUCUAUUACGUUUCCCUUUGGUGCGAUGUCUGGCCGAUUUGGUAUCGGGUCUGAGUUCAUAUCAACCACGUGCCGUUACCAUUAUCAUUGAUAAUGUGUUUGAGGAUAUUCGCGCUGGCCUCGAAAUACAUUCGCCAAGGAUGUCACAGCGUCGCAUUGCGAUGGCCAAAUAUUUGGGUGAAAUGUACAAUUACAAAUUGGUCGAAUCGACACAUAUACUCAAUACUCUAUAUUUGAUCAUAUCGCUGGGUGUGGUCAGAGAUCAGAGUAUUGUGUCGCCAUUGGAUCCGCCGGAUAGUCUAUUUCGUUUGAAAUUGGCCUGCAUGCUGCUGGACACCUGUGGACCCUAUUUCACCAGCCAAGCGACACGCAAAAAAUUGGAUUAUUUUUUGGUGUUCUUUCAGCAUUAUUAUUGGUUCAAAAAAUCGCAUCCCGUGUUUACGAAAUCGGAAAAUACAUCAGAUUUAUUUCCCAUACUAGUCGAUCAUGCGUAUCGUGAUUGUUUGGCCACUGUGAAGCCCAAUUUGAAAUUGUACAAAAGUCUGGAGCAGGCCAAAGAUGCCAUCGAUGAGCUGCAAGAGAAAUUGUAUCCACAAUUGAAGAAUAUCAAUAGCAAUUCCCAAGAUGCAUCAUUGGCCACCAAUAGUGAGGUCAGCGAAGUGGAUGAGGCGGCAACUGAUGAAGACACAUGCUCAUCGAAUCACCCACGUGAACGGCUGGCAGCCGGCUUAGAUGCCGAAAAUGCCAACGAUUGGACGGAAAAUGAAACGGAAUUGCCACCAACUCCGGGACCGCCAGAGAAAUCCAAAGAGGAUCUAGAAUUUGAGCAGAUGUAUGAGAAAAUGACAACAGAUUCGUAUCAGGAGCGUCUCAAGGAGCCCAUAAAGGCCACUGUCAAGGAUAUACCAGUUCCCAUAAUGGCGCGACAAUUGAGGAAACCCUACGAUCAUUUGGCCUGCAGCAGUUCCAGUUCCAGCAAUGCCGCACAGAUCUCAAAGGCGGAUGGUGGUCCCACGACGGCGACAGGUGGAACAACUAGGGCUAUUUCGGCGGCUGCACCUGCUGUUCAAUCGUCUGAUGGAAAUUAUGAAACUACGACGAGUAACAUUGCAUCCACUUCUUCUGGAGGUGGUGGUGGGGGAGCGGGUUCGGGAGCGGGAUCACCUUCUUCCUCAGGUGCUGUGCAAUUUGUACUUAUGGUGCGAGGGAAUAAAGGUGGCAAACAGCAAUUCAAAUCCUUUGUAGCGCCAUCUGACUCCCAUUUGGCCAUCAAUUUGAAAUUGCAAGAGCAAAAGAUACGCGAGGAAAAGGAGAAAGUGAAACGGCUGACACUCAACAUAACCGAACGGAUCGAGGAGGAGGAUUAUCAGGAGUCAUUGUUGCCACCGCAGCAGCGUAAUUUUAAUCAAAGUUAUUACCAGAAGCCAAACAAACACAAGUUCAAACAUCAGAAAGGUGCACCCGAUGCCGAUUUGAUAUUUCAUUAACCCUAAAAUAGAGAGAAACUUGACUCAGCUUUUGUAAUGGCAAACGAUGACAAAGACAAUCUGGACAUAUCCCUCCCUCCCCCCCCAUUAUCCUUCUGCAACGAAGACACACCUUUACACCUUUUUCUAUACGGUGUUGUUUUGGCUUGGAAGUCCUAACUUUUUUCUUGUUUUUAGAUAUUACAAAUUCUAUCAAUAGAAAAAAUCGUCGAGAAAUGAGAACGAA